AUGCUUACCUCAGAGAAAAAUGGAGCAAAAAGAGGAUGCUUACCUCUGAGAAAAACGGAGCACAAGUCUGUUGAAGCGUUAACCGAAGACUACGUGGAGAGAGGAUCCAUGUACGAGACAUUGAUGGUGAUCAAAGGAAGACACCAAAGGAGGAUGCUUGCCUCUCUGAAAAAUGGAGCAGAAAUUGGUUACAUAGAUAACCAGAGAAGAAGUGGUGAAGAGGAUUCCCGCACGAGACAUCACAGAGACGUGAUGGUGAUCAAAGGAAGAAAGAAAGGAGGAUUGGGUAUGUGA